CACAGCCCGCCAAGUCGCCGACGGUCUAAUUUCUGGCGACUGGAGCGAGUCGUCCAUUUCAAUUAGAGAGAGAGAGAGAGAGAGAAGUCGUGAGAUGGAAGUAGGCGGCAACAAAGGAGACAGCAUGGUGGAGUCCCCAACCCAUUCUCAGCAAACCAUAUCUGAUGAUGAUGAAAUAGACUACUCUGUGAAACCAGAGUUCUAUGAUCCCGAUCUUGAUGAUAAAGAUGAAGUAUGGGUUCAAAAGAGAAGAAAAGGUCGCAACUCUGAUGCUGUUCUUAGCUGCCCAGCUUGCUUUACAACUCUGUGCCUAGAGUCCCAAAGGCAUGAAAAAUAUGUCACCCAGUACAGGGCUGUAUUUGUGAUGAACUGCAAGGUUAAUAGCGACCAAGUAUUUGCGGAGAAACAUUCCAAACCGAGAAAAGGCAAAAGAGGGAGGACAUCUGGUGAGAGUGAAUCAGGCUUUUCCGGGUCUGAAACAUUGCAUAAAGUAAGCUGCUCUGCUUGCUCUACAGAGGUUGGCAUCAUUGAUCAAGAUGAGGUUUAUCAUUUUUUCAAUGUUCUUCCAAGUGAGUCUUGACAUGCCUAGUUUCAUUACAUGUGGCAUGAAAUGGGUUGCGUGGUUCCAGUUCCAUUACAUCUGGCUGUCCCGAAUUUUCUUGUUACAAAAAUUUACCGUAUUCAUUAGCAAUCUUUUCACUGAAAUUUCAAAGCAAAAGCCUGUAACAGUUCGCAAGUCUCAAGCUUUCUAGA